CGCAGAGGCGGCGGCGUGCUGCGUCGUUACAUUUGAACCGAGUGGCGGGAGCUGCUGGGGCUGCGCGGAGGCCUGUGCGGGGGGCGCGCGCCGGCGGCGGGCCUGGCCAUGGCGCGGCAGCUGUCCCGGGAGCAGGGCAUCACCCUGCGCGGCAGCGCCGACAUCGUGGCCGAGUUCUUCUCAUUUGGCAUCAACAGCAUUUUGUAUCAGCGCGGCAUUUACCCGUCCGAAACCUUCACUCGCGUGCAGAAGUACGGGCUCACCUUGCUGGUCACCACGGACCCCGCGCUCAUGAAGUACCUGAGCAACGUGGUGGAGCAGCUGAAAGAUUGGCUGUACAAGUGCUCCGUGCAGAAGCUGGUGGUGGUCAUCUCGAACAUUGAAGAUGGGGAGGUCCUGGAGAGGUGGCAGUUUGACAUCGAGUGUGACAAGACGGCCAGAGAUGACAGUGCACCCAGGGAGAAGUCUCAGAAAGCCAUCCAGGACGAGAUCCGUUCGGUCAUCAGACAGAUCACCGCCACGGUGACCUUCCUGCCGCUGCUGGAGGCUUCCUGUUCAUUUGACCUGCUGAUCUACACAGACAAAGACUUGGUGGUGCCUGAGAAGUGGGAAGAGUCCGGACCGCAGUUCAUUGCCAACUCUGAGCAGGUCCGCCUGCGCUCCUUCACGACGACCAUCCACAAGGUGAACAGCAUGGUGGCCUACAAGAUCCCCGCCAACGACUGAAGGAGCCGGGGCGGAAUGGAAUCCCACACGUGUGUCCUGAGGCCAAGUCAACUGUAGUUCUUGUUUUGUUUCAUUGAUACUUUUGAGGUGGGGAAACUUAGCCUUGUACUUCACUGCACUGCGUGUUGUCCAUCUGUUUGUGCCUGUUUGACUCUCCAUGGGGUUGACAUGAUUUCCAUAGGGUUGACACUGUUCGAAGGGAACCAGCAGGUCACGUCAGCACUGGAAUGUCACCUCCUUUGAAGGCGGAACCUGGAGAUGGGAAACUUUUGCUAUUCAGCGAAAUGCCUUCCUAAAUCAGAACUUUCAGUCAAGUAGCCUGACUCCGAGUCUAGGUGAAUAUGGAACAGCAACAGAAGUCCGAAUAUCAGAAUCUUUGUUUAGUUCUAAAGUAACUGAUCAGCCACAGUCACAGUCUUCCUAGCAGGUCCUUUUGCCAUUUAUUUCAUUUGUAUAGUUUCCAUAUUGAAAACCCUCAAUUACUUGACUUUAAUGUAUAUAAUUUACACUUACAAAUCUGUCGCUAUUUCUCCUGUUUCAAUUCCGCUGAUACAGAACUCUUAAUGUCUUUUUGUGUUUUAUAAAAUCAAGCUUUAAAUGACUGAUAAA